CUCGCGCUCUCACUAGUCGAACGGUGCCCGACCGGUAACGUAGCGCCGACUGCCGAUCGAGAGACGAACCAGCGACAAUGUCCGCCGUGGCGAAAACCUCCAAGUACACGUACCGCAGCAGUGGCGGCGGCACCACCGACGUCAACAUCGAGUACAGCACCGACCUGAGUGCUCUCUCCAGGCUGGAGGACAAGAUCCGUCUCCUCCAUGAUGAUCUGGAAUCCGAAAGGGAGCUGCGUCAGAGGAUCGAGAGAGAGAAGGCAGAUUUGAGCGUGCAAGUUAUUCAACUUUCCGAAAGGCUGGAGGAAGCUGAAGGCGGAGCCGAGAGUCAGUUCGAGAUCAACAGAAAACGUGAUACUGAACUUACCAAGCUUCGCAAAUUACUGGAAGAUGUCCACCUGGAAUCCGAGGAAACCGCCCACCUGCUUAAGAAGAAGCACCAAGAAAUCGUGGUCGACUUCCAGGACCAAAUCGACCAGCUUACCAAAAGCAAAGCCAGGGCCGAGAAGGAAAAAUCCAAGUUCCAGGCUGAGGUUUACGAACUGUUGGCCCAAGUAGAAAAUAUCACCAAGGAGAAGUUCACAUACUCGAAAACAGUCGAAAAGCUGGAAAUCACCAUUAGCGAGCUUCACAUCAAGAUUGAAGAACUCAACCGCACCAUCGUCGACAUCACUUCUCACAAGCAGCGCUUGUCUCAGGAAAAUGUCGAACUUAUUAAGGAAGUUCAGGAUCUUAAGGUUAACAUUGAAAACGUUGUGUACCUCAAGAGCCAAGUUGUAAGCCAGCUCGAAGACUCCCGCCGCAGGCUUGAAGAUGAAGAGAGGAGGCGUUCUCUGCUUGAGGCCAACCUGCACCAGGUUGAGAUUGACCUGGAAUCCGUCCGCGUGCAAUUGGAAGAAGAAUCCGAAGCCCGCUUGGAUCUGGAACGUCAAUUGGUCAAAGCCAACGGUGAAGUCCAGCACUGGCGAUCAAAGUUCGAGGCCGAGGCUGCUGCCAGGGCUGAGGAGAUUGAAGAAAUCCGCCGCAAAUACUCUGCCCGCAUCCAGGAACAAGAGGAACACAUUGAAACUCUUAUUGCCAAGAUCAGCAGCAUUGAGAAGCAGAAGUCUCGUUUGCAGAGCGAGGUUGAAGUGCUCAUUAUUGAUCUCGAGAAGGCCAACGGAACAGCUCGGGAGCUCCAGAAGAGAACGGAACAACUCGAGAGGGUGAACAUUGAAAUCAAGUCGCGCCUUGAGGAGACCGUACAGCUGUACGAACAGACUCAGCGCGACCUCCGCAUCAAGCAGACUGAGAUCCAACGCAUCACCCACGAACUUGACAAGACCCGCGAGCAGAAGGAUGCCCUUGGCCGCGAGAACAAGAAACUGGGUGAUGACUUGCAUGACGCCCGCGCUAAUAUCACGGAGUUGACCCGCCGUCUUCACGAGCUCGAAAUCGAGCUGCGCCGUCUUGAGAACGAGCGAGAGGAACUCACUGCCGCAUACAAGGAAGCUGAAGCUGGCCGCAAAGCUGAGGAGCAACGCGCGCAAAGGCUGUCCGCGGAACUUGGUCAGUUCCGUCACGAGGCCGAGCGUCGCAUUCACGAGAAGGAGGAAGAAAUUGAAGCUAUUCGCAAGCAGACCAGCAUUGAAAUCGAGCAGUUGAACGCUCGCGUUGUUGAAGCUGAGACCAAGCUGAAGUCUGAGGUGACCCGCAUCAAGAAGAAGCUGCAGAUCCAGAUCACCGAGCUCGAGCUGUCCCUCGAUGUUGCUAACAAGACCAACAUCGACCUGCAGAAGACGAUCAAGAAGCAGUCUCUGCAGCUGACUGAGAUUCAGUCUCACUACGAUGAGGUCCAGAGGCAGCUCCAGGUGACCCUCGACCAAUAUGGCGUUGCCCAGCGCAGAGUACAAUCCCUCACCGGCGAGAUCGAGGAGAUCAGAGGCAAUUAUGAGCAGGCCCUUCGCGCUAAGCGCACCAUCGAAUUGUCGUACGAGGAAGCUCAGACCCGCAUCAACGAGCUUACUGUGAUCAACGUCAACCUGUCGAGCAGCAAGGCUAAGAUCGAGCAGGAGCUCGCAGCGGUCGCCGCUGACUACGACGAGAUUACUAAGGAACUGCGCAUCGCUGACGAGAGAUACCAACGCGUACAGACUGAACUGAAGCAUACCGUUGAGCAUCUUCACGAGGAACAGGAGAGGAUCGUCAAGAUUGAAGCUAUCAAGAAGUCUCUCGAAAUCGAAGUUAAGAACAUUUCCGUCCGCUUGGAGGAAGUUGAAGCCAAUGCCAUUGUUGGUGGCAAGCGCAUCAUCAGCAAACUGGAGGCUCGCAUUAAGGACUUGGAGCUCGAGAUGGACGAAGAAAAGAGGAGACACGCUGAAACCAUCAAGAUCCUCCGCAAGAAGGAACGCCAAGUCAAAGAGGUCAUGAUUCAAUGCGAAGAAGACCAGAAGAACAUCGCUCUUCUCCAAGACUCUUUGGAGAAAACUACCCAGAAAGUUAACAUUUACAAGAGGCAGUUGGCGGAACAGGAGGGCGUCUCCCAACAGAGCGUGACCAGAGUUCGACGAUUCCAACGGGAGCUGGAGGCGGCAGAAGACCGUGCCGACGUCGCUGAGAGCAAUCUGUCUCUCAUCCGCGCCAAGCACCGCACCUUCGUCACUACCUCCACGGUGCCCGGCUCCCAGGUCUACCUGGUGCAGGAAUCCCGCGCCCUCAGCACAGAGUGAGACACCCAAGCUCCGCCCCGCCGCACCAGCAUUUCUUUUCACCAAUCGUAUAGGGGCGCAAUUCCGGUCGGGUAUAAGCCUAGUCGUUCGUUAAGUGAUGUUUGAGUUACACGGUAGAUGACGCUAGGAGGCAUUUCUUGCCCACUAGCGCUGUCCAUUGACCAAAGCCACGGUCCGGGACGCGCGCUCGGCUGAGGACUCGCCCUAAUAAUGCCGUGUCUCAACACUAUUUCAGUCGGCAGCCGACUGCUCGUCCCUCGCCGAUUUUUUCUAUUGUAACUCCGAAAAACAAUUAAAUAAAGAACCAAAAACCGAUAA